UAAGUUUGUUGUGAUCCUGUCAGUCCCAGUCUCCGCCUCUAACUUUUAGUGCUCUCUUCCUGUUUCUCACACACUCUUAAAGCACAAUCUUCUCCCAGGUUUCUCACUGACAAGCUGGGAUCAGUGAGCGGAAACCCUGCACAAGCAUGGCAUUAGAGGAGCUCCUGUGCUAUGAUCACUUUAAGAAGUUGUUAGCAAAUCCCUCUGACUAUGGAUAUGGAGGCACCAUUAAUGAAAUGAGAAGAAAGGAAUUCAGCAGAAUUGAAGAUAUGACUUACCUUGAUCAUGUCGGGACAACACUUUUCCCCCAAAGUCUACUAGAACAAUUUAUGAGCGACUUGUCCAGAAAUGUUUAUGGGAAUCCUCACAGUCAAAACAUAUGCAGCCGACUGACGCACGAUACAAUUGAACAUGUACGAUACAGGAUAUUGCAACAGUUUAACACAACUGCCGAUCAUUACAAUGUCAUCUUUACUUCCGGAAGUACAGAUGGACUUAAACUGGUAGCAGAGGCAUUUCCUUGGACAUCUGCACACUCAGAAGAAUGCAGCAGUAGCUUCUGUUUCUUGACUGACAAUCACACCUCAGUAAUCGGUAUGAGAGGCGUGACAAAAUUACUAAAUGUGUCCUCUAUUCCCGUUACACCAGAGGAAUUGGUCUUAUUGGAAAGUCAAGCAUCAGUAGCUGAAAAUCAAAAUCAUGGGGUAUCGCAUCUCUUCUGCUAUCCAGCACUGAGCAAUUUUUCAGGUACAAAAUAUCCUCUCACUUGGAUAGAAAAGAUUCAGUCAAGAAAAAUGCUUCUACUAAACAAGCCGGGUAGAUGGUUUGUGUUACUUGAUGCAGCAUCUUAUGUCAGUACAUCACCGCUUGACUUGAGUAUGUAUCAACCAGAUUUCGUCACCAUUUCGUUUUAUAAAAUCUUUGGGUUUCCUACUGGCUUGGGCGCCUUACUGAUAUCAAAUCGCAUUGGCCAUCUUUUGAGGAAACACUAUUUUGGAGGAGGAACAGCAGCAGCUUAUCUCUCUGGAGAGGACUUCUACAUUCCAAGAGGAUCUAUAGUGGAAAGAUUUGAAGAUGGAACAGUUUCAUUUUUGGACAUAAUUGCACUAAAGCACGGAUUUGAUCUUUUGGAGAAGCUUACAGGUGGAAUCAAGAACAUCAGAAAUCAUACCCAUACUCUGGCUAACUACACUUACUCUGUACUGUCUGCCUUGUGUUAUGCUAAUGGACAACAUGCAAUACAUAUCUAUAGUGACACAGAGGUUAGAACUUUGGAUGUGCAAGGCCCAGUCAUUAAUUUUAAUGUGCUGGAUGAAAAUGGAGCCAUAAUCGGCUACUCACAGGUUGACAAGAUGGCUAGCUUAUAUAAUAUCCACUUCCGUACAGGAUGUUUCUGCAAUGCAGGAGCCUGCCAAAGACACCUAGGAAUGAGCAAUGCAGACAUCAAGAACAAUCUCCAGGCCGGACAUGUAUGUGGGGAUGACAUUGAUUUGAUUGAUGGAAGACCAACAGGCUCCAUUAGAAUAUCAUUUGGCUUUAUGUCUACCUUUGAAGAUGCCAGGGUUUUCUUAAAGUUCAUAAUCGACUCUUUCAUUAAGCAACCCUCCCUAUCUACAACAGAAAUUAAUGUUAAAUCAGCUCUUACUGACAAUGAGCUAUCACAGCUAGAGUACAGCGCAAGGCCAAUAGUUAACUUCCCUAAUAAGAAUGCUACUGAAGAUGCAAAACCACAGGAUGGCUACAUCACUACCAAUGUAUCAACAACAGGAGAUGUGUGCUUGUGUAAAACAAGGGAAAUGUUAUCUCUGGAGAAAAAUGGAAAGAAAAUCACGCUUAGCCAUAUCUACCUUUAUCCAAUUAAGUCAUGUGCAUCAUUCCAGGUCUCUCAAUGGCCUGUAGUAGAGCAAGGUCUGCUAUUUGAUCGAAAUUGGAUGAUAGUUAACGAGAAUGGAGUUUGUCUCAGUCAGAAGCAAGAACCCAACUUGUGUCUCAUAUGUCCAUCUAUUGAUUUAAACAGAAAUACCAUGAUAAUUGAGGCUAAAGGGAUGACCGCCAUAGAAAUACCUCUAAAAGAUGACAGCAAAUUAACAACUCGACUUUGUCAAAAUAAAGUUUGCGGUGAUAGAGUGAACACUUAUGAUUGUGGAGAGAAGGUUACCGAAUGGCUGUCUCAUUUCCUUAAACGCAAGUGUAAAUUAAUAAGGCAAUCAUCAAGUUUCAACAGAUAUGCACACACAAAGCGUAAAGGAUUUUCAGACGUACCGUUAGCCUCACUUUCCUUAGUCAAUGAAGCUCAGUACCUGCUUGUAAAUAGAGCCAGUGUUUUUCACCUAAAUCAGCAAAUGGCACUAAGAGGAGAAACAGAAAUGAAAAGCACUGAAGAGCUAAUUAAACGUUUUCGAGCUAAUCUAAUCAUUGAUGGAAGUAUUCCCUUCGAAGAGGAAGAAUGGGCUGAUGUUUUCAUUGGUUGUUUGCAUUUUAAGGUGUCAGGCAAAUGUACCAGGUGCCAAAUAAUUUGUAUAGAUCAGCAGACUGGAGAAAAAAGUAAAGAAUUGUUUCAAACUCUGUCAUUCUGUAAAGAUGGAAAGACAACUUUUGGGAUGUAUCUAUUAAAUUCAUCUUGCUCAUCAUACCCUGCCUUACUAGAAACCGGUUCUCCAUUGUUAUUUGCUUUAAAGGAGGAGGCCAAGACAGCAGGACAAAGUGAAGAACUAUGAGAAGAAUGCAUGGAAGAUAUAUUUUCUAUACUUGAGAAGUAAAUCAUGUGCUUUGGGACAUGUACAUGUGAUGGAUACACUAUUUAUGGAAUAUAUACUUGUUAACACCAGUUUGCAAAGUGUUAACAUUUCUAGGUUUCAAAUUGAAUGUAUUAAAUACUAGUAUGGGUCAAAAUGUGAGUCUUUUUUACAUUGUAGAAUAAAAAUUAGGUAUUCAAUCUUAGCACAUUUAUAUUCGAACACAGGAAAUAUUGAUAUACAUUUUAUAUAUAUAUAUAUAUUAGACAAACCAAUGAAUAUUUAUCUUUACAUUUAGAUAUUGUUUAUGUUAUUUUAACAGUAAAUUAUAAAUGCGGAGUCUAAUGCCUAGGGGUUACACUACACUCUUCUAAAAAUGCUACAAUGUAUUAAACUAUGUACAAAAUAAUCAAGAUUUACAUAGUAACCCCUAGAAUGGAGAGAUAAGUGAAAAUUACCCCACCGACUACAACUGAGCCCUUCACAGAAGUGAGUUUAGUUAGGAAGAGUGUCUCUAAACACGGCUUUGUUAGUUCAGAUAGAGAGAAAAAAAUAAUUGAAUAAAAUAGAAC